AUGCAUCGUGCCUAUGACGCAACUAAACUGUACCUGCACCGUGCCUAUGACGCAACUAAACUGUACCUGCACCGUGCCUAUGACGCAACUAAACUGUACCUGCACCGUGCCUAUGACGCAACUAAACUGUACCUGCAUCGUGCCUAUGACGCAACUAAACUGUACCUGCACCGUGCCUAUGACGCAACUAAACUGUACCUGCACCGUGCCUAUGACGCAACUAAACUGUACCUGCACCGUGCUUAUGACGCAACUAAACUGUACCUGCACCGUGCCUAUGACGCAACUAAACUGUACCUGCACCGUGCUUAUGACACAACUAAACUGUACCUGCACUGUGUCUAUGACGCAACUAAACUAUACCUGCACCGUGCUUAUGACACAACUAAACUGUACCUGCACCGUGCCUAUGACGCAACUAAACUGUACCUGCACCGUGCUUAUGACACAACUAAACUGUACCUGCACCGUGCUUAUGACACAACUAAACUGUACCUGCACCGUGCCUAUGACGCAACUAAACUGUACCUGCACCGUGCCUAUGACGCAACUAAACUGUACCUGCACCGUGCCUAUGACGCAACUAAACUGUACCUGCACCGUGCCUAUGACGCAACUAAACUGUACCUGCACCGUGCCUAUGACGCAACUAAACUGUACCUGCACCGUGCCUAUGACGCAACUAAACUGUACCUGCACCGUGCCUAUGACGCAACUAAACUGUACCUGCACCGUGCCUAUGACGCAACUAAACUGUACCUGCACCGUGCCUAUGACGCAACUAAACUGUACCUGCACCGUGUCUAUGACGCAACUAAACUGUACCUGCACCGUGUAUAUGACGCAACUAAACUGUACCUGCACCGUGUCUAUGACGCAACUAAACUGUACCUGCACCGUGCCUAUGACGCAACUAAACUGUACCUGCAUCGUGUGCAUAAGAUAUGGGUUGCUAUGGGACGUCCAGAGACUCAAGCCUAG